AUGGAUCAGAAACGUCUCGCCCAACUCGGUCGCCGUCAAACAUGGCUCAGUGCUCAGAUUGCUGAGGGUUUUACCUAUACGCCCCCCAGCCAGAUAAUAGGCAGAAUACUUCUGCACAUACGAGAGGCUUGUGAUGAAGCAAAGGAGACGUAUUUGCCUACCGAGAUCCUCGUUAUCCUCUACGGCUUCGGAAACCCUGCAAUCGGCUGUCAUAUGGAUUGCACCAAAGACCUCCUUGAGCCUGAUGCAAUGAUCACUCCUACCAAGAUUAUCAACGAAUUGCCCCCAGGCCGAGAUGUAACUUUGGCCAUGCGCGUGUUUACUACGAAACACUGGGUACAUGCCUACAGGCUGCACAGAAUGCAGCUUGACAAAGUUAAGACGGCUCAUCUAGAUGUCUACAAACAAGCCGGCGAGGAUGGAACAUUGAUCAAGCAAAAUUUUACCGAAGAAGGCGCCUUUGUUUACCGGCAUUCAAAUGCACCGCAGAUACUAUCGGCACAACGUCACUACGAGCUUGCGCUCUGGUUUCGAGAAGGCCUCGAAGAGGACAAAGAUGGCAGCUCGAAAUUCAAGAGAAUAUUGCAAUUCAUGGACCCGUAUCCUAGGGAGAAAGGGGUGAAAUGCUUAGCCAGGGUAGCUUCGUUGGCAAUGGUAGUGAACUUUCGGCUGUCAAUGGCAUUCUUGACGGAUAACAUGGUUGCUCACUUCAACCUCAAACGCCCUAUGCAGCAGACUUGCCUCGAGUGGAUGAUGUUUCGGUGGCUCGAACACCAAGAUAAUCUCACACGCUCUGAUGGAUAUUCCAACUUGUUCAAAGAUCUGAUGGAUAUCGAGAACGGGGCCGAACCACCAUGCAGUGGAUACACCCGAUUCUACCUUUAUCUACGUGCAGCUCACCAUGAAACAUACUUAGCUGAAGAAGAAGUAGGGAAACAUACAGUAGAACACAUCGACAGUGUCUUAGAGGAGAUUGACCUUGUCUUUGAUUACGUACUAGACAAUGUCCAGGAGAAAAUACUCGACCCCUGCGACGAGACCAUUGAAAAUGCGAAAAAGCAGUACGGAAAUCCAGCAGAGGGGGAUUUAAGUCAGCACGCAAGCCUUUGGCCGGAGGGUUUGAAACGUACGAUGCAAGCAUUAUGUGACUUGAUCUAUGAUCAAUGUCCAGUAGGCCACAUUUAG